UUUAAAAUAGGCAUUUUUGAAAACAAAUGAAUAGACAUAAAAUAAAUAAUGCAUCUAUAGAUAAUUAAGCAUUUUCAUAACAUUGUAUCGCGUGGAGCGAAUUUAACUGCGUAUUAAAAUGCGGACGAAUUAUACGAAUUCAUUUGUGACGAUCACACCGUUUCGGAAUACAUUUCGAAUGGGUUAUUAUUAUACGCGAUUGCAGUGCGAUUAUGUGCGAAGAAUAAUAAAACCAGUCGAUAACGUGUCGCCAUCUUUGUUUGGGAAGUAAUUUCUUGGGCCCAAAUCGCUUGCAUUUUCGCCAGUUUUCUGACACCACUUUAAGAAAUGGUUCAAUAUAUUCAGGUCACAGAUGAUGAAAAUGAAGAAGCCAUAGAGAUACCAAGUGAAGAGGACGGUACACUGCUGCUAAGCACUUUGGCAGGACAGUUUCCCAACGCGUGUGGACUAAAGUACAGAAACCAAUCAGGUGGUUUUCGAGGAAUCCGCCUCAGCGAUGGGCGGCUUCACCCACCUGAUAAUGCCUGGAAAGCAUGCACAUACUUGGUUGUCUAUUCGAAAGAUAACAAGAACAUCAAGAGUGUUGACAUUAACAAUCACAUUACGAAAAAAGAGAAAAGUAAAUGCAGUGAUCUCAUAGUUCUCGGGCUGCCAUGGAAAAGCUCUGAAGAUGACCUAAGAAAUUACUUCUCAAAGUUUGGUGAACUUCUUCUUGUUCAGGUGAAAAGAGACCCUACAACCAACCAGUCCAAGGGCUAUGGUUUCAUUCGUUUUCAAAAGUAUGAAGACCAGGUGAAAUGCAUGUCAGUGAGACAUCACAUAGAUGGCAGGUGGUGUGAUGUUACAAUCCCAAACUCUAAUGAGGGUGCCCACCAAGUCAUCAGCCGCAAGGUAUUCAUCGCUCGCUGCACAGAGGACAUCACUGCUGAUGAUCUCCGCAACUAUUUCUGCCAAUUUGGCGAGGUUGUUGAUGUCUUCAUUCCGAAGCCCUUCAGGUCGUUUGCAUUUGUCACCUUCUCUGACCCGGAUGUAGCUCACAGCCUGUGUGGCGAGGACCACAUAGUGAAGGGCGUAAGCGUGCAUGUGAGUUACGCAGCACCCAAGGGGACUGACCGAUACGGGGACAAGAAGCCACAGCCCACUACUGCUGUUGUUCCUAGAGUGGGCGGCGGCUAUUUGCCACCUGUCACCCAUGGUGGCUGGCAGCCACACAAAAAUAACCACCAAAUAGCCAAACCCAUAGCAUAUCCAUCCAACAUGCCCCCACAAGACAUGAACGCGGUAAGUAUCUUCAAUUCUGCAAUGAUGGCAGCUGCCCAGGCAAUGUUGCAAGGCCAUGCUGGUAACUGGGCCCACAUGGCCCCACCACCGCAGCCUGGGCCUCCCCCGCAGCAUGUUCCAGUCACAGUGAGCGGCCCAGAUACCUCCCAACCCGGGCAUGUGCCAUACGCCCCACCCCAGAGCACUACUGCCUGGGGGUGGGGACACCACACCACUGAGCCACAGCCUGGUAGCUAUGCUGGAUGGAGUCAGUCCAACAGGCAGCCACAGGGCUGGAGUUAAGUUGUUGUCUCUCUUACCUCACAAUCUUGGGCUGUUGUCACCUGGGGCUGGAAACGAUUGUCCUCUUUGCUCAAUACCUCAAUAUCUGCAUUGCACUUACGGAGUUAUUGAACUUAGCUGGAUACUGGUAUUUUUUACCUAUCAGGAUUACAAGCUUCAUUUUGAACAUUUCAGGUUUUCUUUGUUGAUAUAUUUUAUGAAAGUAUUCAGUUUAAAUUUUAGAAUUAUUAAUCUUUUUUAAGAUUUAUUUUUGUUGUUUUUUCUUCAGUGUGUAUGAAAACACACAAAUGGUUAUUUAAUGGAAUUGAAAUGUUAUGCUUAUUAUCAUCAUUAGAUGUUGGUAAUUACUUUCAAUUCUUUUUCAUUUGUUCAUAGUUUACACCAAAGUUUUGUUUGUUGUGUUCUGGUUUUUGGUUUUUCUUUUACCACGCUUUCUUACCUUAUUUUUUAAUGCUGUUUUUAUGCCCCUGGAUCGAUAGAUCGGGGGUAUAUUGUUUUUGGUCUGUCUUUCUUUCUGUCUGUCAUUCUGUCCCAAAACUUUAAUGUACCGUAAAGUUUUGCAAUAACUUUUGAAAUAUUGAGCAUAGCAACUUGAUAUUUGGCAUGCAUGUGUAUCUCAUGGAGCUGCACAUUUUAAGUGGUGAAAGGUCAAGGUCAUCCUUCAAGGUCAAAGGUAAAAAAAUUCUGUCCCCCCAAAAAAAUUUGCAAUAACUUUAUAAAUAUUCAACAUAGCAACAUCAUAUUUGGCAUGCAUGUGUAUCACAUGGAGCUGCACAUUUUGAGUGGUGAAAGGUCAAGGUCAUCCUUCAAGGUCAAAGGUAAAAAAAAAGUGGCGCAUUAGGGGGCAUUGUGUUUCUGACAAACACAUCUCUUGUUUUUUUCGAACUUACUAGUUGUUUUGUAUUGACUAAUAAUCUACUGUGUUGCCAAAAUUUGUAGACAAAACAAUCAAAUGGGUACUCCAAAACUAAUAAAGCUUGAGUAUUAGGUUGUCAUAUCUGUUACUGGUACCUAUUGCAGAUACAAUAUACAUUUAGUCAUUCUUGACCAUUUAACUGUCUUGAUAUUAUGCUUAAUAAAAAACACUGUUGUGUGUUAAAUCCUCAACAUCCAGCAUAGUACAUUGUUAAAGGCAUUUGCUCAAUUUUCUCAGAAAAAAUAUUUAUUUGCAUAAUUUCAUUAUUCCCAUGGUGAUAAUUAAACACUUGUUAGGAGCAUGGUGAUUGCUACCUGAAAAGAGAAUCAGUUUCCAUCCCACAUUGGACUUGAUGGAAUGUUGAUUGUUGAAACAACACUGCAUUUAAUGUUGACUUGGAAAGUCAUUGUAUAUAAUUAGCCAUUCAGUUGAUUACUUUGUGUUUUUUAUAAGUUUGUUACUUUUUAAAAGCUCACAUGCAAAUGGUGAGAUUUUGCAUCACCCUUUUGUCUGUCUUGUUAUGUGCACCCAGCUUCAUCAACAUAUGCCUUGUGAGCACACAAGUGGCGGCAUUUAUUGCUUAUUUUCAUGAACAUAUACCCCAAUGGUAUCUUGUCCCAAGUUCGAAAAUGGGUCAGGUGGGAACAAAAAAUUUGCAGAGCAAAUUUAAGAAAAAACUUGUGUUUACUCCAAGAGGCCAUAAUUAUUGCUAAAUCUUCUUGACAUUUGGUCAGACGAUUUGUUCAAAUUACAUCUUGGUGGUUAACAAAACUGGGUAAUGUGGGAACAAACACUAAGGGAGAUCCAGAAAAUAGCUUGAGAACACUAUAGAAUUAGAUCCAAUAUCUGUGAUCCAAUCUCUACAAAACUUGGUAAGAACAUUUGUCCUAACCUUAUCUCUGUUGAUUUCAAAGGAUCUUGUGAUCUCUCUAGAAACCACAUUUUUUUGCUCAUUCUUCAUGAAACUUGCUCUGAACAUUUGUUCUUAAGAUUUCUCUGACUAGAAUAUCAUGAUGUCUGUCCAUUGAAAAACAUGGCGGCCAUUAGGUGGGGCAGUUUUCUGUAUUUGGCUGUAUUAAAACCUUUAGAAGACACAGUGAAACUUGUGGAGACCAUUGAAAAUGUGUAAGUCUAUUAUGAAUCCUUUUGAGCACUUCCUGCUCAGAACAGUUCCUUGGUGUCUUGGGGGAGCGUUUGAGAAUUCGGGAAUUUUUGUUUAUUAACUUAUUUCACUGUAAUGCAUUUCAUUUUAUGUGUUAAUUUUUUUUUUCAGUACAAGUUGUUUACAUAUUUUCUUGCUUUUUUGAGUUAUUUCUUUCAUGAAAUUACCUUAAACAAGUAAUAUAGAGCGAUGCCUCUUUGUUAUUCAAUUAACCCUAGGGUGAUGUAAAGAGAAUUAUAAUGUUUUUUUAACAGUAUUGGAUUAAAUGGUUUUAAGAUUCAUCAUUCCAUUUAUGGUUGCCAUAAUUUUAGGAAAACCAUAGGGAUUUAUGAUGUGGUGUGGCUUAUUUUUUCCUAAUUUACAGACAGAUCAAGAGUACAAAUGAAUCGGAAAAUAUUGAAUACAUUAUUUUUAUUAAAUAUGAAGUCUUGCAAAUAUACUGUUAUGUAAACUUCCGGAUACAUGAAAACGAAUAAGACGGUUCUAAAAAAUGAGAAUGAUUUGUUAGUGGGGAAAGAAGAAGCAUUGGAUAAGAGUUGUUUUGCAUAUUGGAGAAACUUGAUUUGAUAAUUGAAAUUUGUAAAAUAAUUUGUGAAUUUAAGAAAUUAUGUUGGUUUGUUCCCUAUGCAAUAAUCUGUUGAAUAUAACAUACAAAGCAAAAUACCAUUAAUUCUGAUUUCAAACGAUUGUUAUUACACUUUUCUUGAAUAGGAAUUACUGGUUACCAUUUUUGUCAACUCAUUGCAAUAUUUGGUCCAUAUGACAUAAAUGUGUGGAUCCCAGAUCUCAUGUUGUUAGAUUGAACUGUUGAACAGUGAUACAUAUAGUAGAAAGUGAUAUGAUUUACAAUUCUUCUAAAGGUUGAAUUUGUCUGGAGGGAUCAGUUAAAAAAAACAUAUAUAUAUAACUGUGGUUCCAUUUUAUUGGUUGCAAUAUAUAUUGUAGAUUGUUCCAUCAUUGUUAUAAACAUUGUAUAGUUUUAUUUGUAUAUUACCAUAAUUGUAAGAGUUGGUCUCUGGGAAAACUGGGCUUAAUGAAUGCACAAGAAAUAUCGUCCCUGAUUACCCUGUACAGUCAGUACUGCUUAUCAGGGACGACACUUGCCGCCUUGACUGGAAUUUUUGUUUUGAAAAGACUUGCCCGGUUUUCCCAGAUUGUGGCCAAUAUUGUUUAUACUAUAUGACAUGUACGUAUACUCAAAGUGCUAUACAUUUCCAUACAUGUUUUACACUUAUCACAGUUUUGGGGCACAAAUGACCUUGACCUUGUCACCAUGUGUGCGGGAGAUGGUAUGAAACUGCAGAGCUUGUGUACGGUUGAGAUAAAUGACAGGAUCGUGUUUCAAUUGGCGUUUUCCUAAGCAUUAAUAAUCAAUAUGCAGGUUUUAUUGAAGAAAUGGGAUUAUGAUUAACAAUUAUUGUGUUAUCUGUUUUAGAAGUUUUUUUAGGUUGUGUAGGAUUGAUAAUGGAAAACGAUCUUGUCUUGAAAAUUCUUCCGAAGUAAAGUUCAUUUUAUGUAGUGUUUAUGUCUGUUGAACAGCCAUUAGAUUAAGAAAGGUCAUUGAAGUAUGUUUUUAUUUCCUUGCAACCAGCAUCAAAUUGUUGUUAUAGUUAUUAAUUGUGUGGUUCUAAGUAGAAUAUGUUUUGAGAGGAUAGUAAGUCAAAUUUGUGAGAAAAAAAUCAAGAGUGUUCAAUAUAAUGUAAUGAUAGUUAAGCAGGUUUGUGUCCAGUUGUUUUUACUUGUUAAGAGAUGUUUUGUCUCUAUAAUGAAAUGCUCAAUAUUUUAUGUACGUGUGGGGUAAGAAGUCAAGAAAGAGAAGAACGUUCUGUAAUAAUUUUGUGUGUUUCAUUUUUAAAAUAUUUGGUGUUUUUACAUUUGUUAAGAAAUGUUGUUAUAUAUUUUUAUUCUGUCAAACAGAGUUAUUUUCUAGUCCUGCCAAACUAAACAUGUCGGUCAAGGUCACUUGUGCCCAUCUGAAUUUUAGAUAUUUUUUUGAAGCCAUGGAGAUGUUCACAUGGUUUUAUUAUGGUUUUGAGAUAUAGUUUAUUUUUACACUGUUACUGUUUUGUGAACGAGAUGACGAACGUAACAGGUUGCGUAACAGUCGAAAAAAUAUUGAUAGAACUUGCGAGUAUGAGGUUUGGAAGAAUCGCCCGAUAGCGCUACAAUGAACGGUGAAGUAAUUGUUGACAAACUGAAGUGUUGAAUACAAAAAUGUAGUUCUGAGGUUUCUGGUACGAGUCCUAAACUGUGUGUAGCAAAAAUGUCAUUAUUGAGUGUUGAUCUAGCGUUUCCUAUUACUUAAUGUUUGACGGACAUUAAAAGAAACAAGUUGGAAAUCACGUGUGGAAAUCUGAUAUUAGAUAUAUCAUCAGAAGGCAAAAUUAUUGUUAAUUAAAGUUUUUUUUUAAUUUGUAAUGAGCAAUAUUUAGUCCAAGUGUCUUUAUUUGAUUUGUAUGUCUAUCAAACUGACUUUGUUCAAAGACAUUUGCUAAGGAUACAAAUAUCUCUUGUAUGCUGUCCCUGUGUAGUAUCAAUUUUCUUAAAUCAGAAAAUUUUAAUACAGUUUAAUUGAAAGUUAGAAACUUUUAAGAAGGAUGCGUCUUUCAAAUUCAAGACAUCAGACGUCUGAAAUUUAAUAAAGCAAUUUUUGAGUAUCGUAACAUUAUCGUAUUUGAAUGCAUAAUAUAACCUUAAAUUGUGUUAUAUGUUGCUUGAUUGAUUUAAAUUUCAAAAUAUAACCAGGUAUACUAUAUCUUCAAUAUAUUAGCCUAUAGUAUGUGUGUAUAUAUAGAUAUCUUCUGUUGUGUUAGUUGGACAGACAGGGCACAAUCAGCUGAAUACAUGUUUUAUGAAGUUUUGAAUUACUAAAAAUAGAUUUAUCAUAAAUAAACUUAACAAAUGUUUUGAUUUUUGUUUGAGACUUAGCUGAUUUUGCUCUGUGUCCAUAUGUGUGUGAUGGAUUGUGAUAGAAUGCCUCCUUCUGUAAACUGUGUAUAUCCUUUGUUGUCAGUGUGUGGUGUGGUUGAAUAAAAUUAUACAUGGUG